GGAACGUACUUGGUGAUCCCGUAUCCUGCCUUGCAUAACGAGGCAGUAACAAAGUAGCAAAGCGUGGAACGUGGAACAAAAGUGUGACUAAGUUCGGUUCACCGGGGGGCGUUUUCGUGACCACUUUACGAUGUGUACAGUUUCCUUCGGUGCAUGAGAAAGCCCAUGACGUGUUAAUUAAACUGAAUAGUGAAUUGUUGAUUAAUUGUAGUGAAUCGUGAAGAGUAUCGACACGGCGAUCAACAUUGUGCGCGAUCGCGUCCUAUGCGCGUGUGACGUGGCGUAGCUGGCACUAGGCGCCCAACAUCUGCUCCGCUGGCCGGACAGUAUGGAAAAGUUUCCCCUGAAAGGAACGACGAAUCUUACGCUAGCAUCCGCCAACAGUAAUCAUCCACUGAGCGUUGCAGAUCACACCUCUUAUCAGGCGGUCAGCAGUAAGACAGCCAAGGCAGCCAACAGCACACGGGGCGGCGUAAAUACCACUUCGCUCACACAUCCGGAACCGCUUGGACCGGCACCGGUGGUGUACCCCACCGGCGGCGGCGAGGCAGACGAGGACAAUAUGAUCGACAUUACGCCCGGCAACGGUGGCGUCACAAAUCCCAACUAUCCGUACCACACGAGCUCGAACGGUCCCGGGACGCGCCAGGAUGGUGUCGGUGGAGUGAGCAGCGCCACACACUCGAUAGGUGGCGGAGGCAGCGGCAGCGAAGGAAGUGGUAAUGGGCGCGGUAACACCGGAGCAGGUGGUAGCGCAGGACACGAGGGAAUAUCGCCCACGCAUAAUCGCUUCGGGCGCGAUUUUCAUCACUCCGAUCACGAAGAUCCUUUAACCGUCUCAUUUUCCGGUAAAGCAGAAGGUAUCUCUUUCGCCGGAAUGACGGACACCAGUGACGAUAUUCCCGGAAUCGGACAGUAUGAAGACUUUCACACGAUCGACUGGCAGCGGGAUAUUGCCCGCGAUCGCAUGCGGCAUCGUUAUAUCAUGAAGAAGCGGCAGGAUUCGUUCCUCGAUCUCCUAAAGGGUGCUCACGAUGCGUGGUCCGGAUGGGUGUGCGUGUUGCUGGUCGGUCUGUUCACGGGCUGUGUGGCCGGUGUGAUCGAUAUCGGUGCGAGCUGGAUGACGGACCUGAAGUUCGGUAUCUGUCCGCAAGCGUUCUGGCUAAACCGCGAACAGUGCUGUUGGUCGUCGAACGAAACGUCCUUCGAUAGUGGGAACUGCUCGCAGUGGUACGCCUGGUCGGAGAUCUUCACCUCCUCUCGGGAAGGUUUCGGGGCGUACGUCAUCUCCUACUUCUUCUACAUCAUGUGGGCGAUGCUGUUCGCGCUGCUGGCCGCCUCGCUCGUGCGCAUGUUUGCACCGUACGCCUGCGGGUCCGGUAUUCCCGAGAUCAAAACCAUCCUGUCCGGGUUUAUCAUCCGCAGCUAUCUGGGCAAGUGGACCCUGAUCAUCAAGUCCGUCGGUAUCAUGCUGUCAGUAUCGGCUGGCCUCAGCCUGGGUAAGGAGGGCCCGAUGGUACACAUUGCCAGCUGUAUCGGCAACAUCCUGUCGUACCUUUUCCCAAAGUACGGUCGCAAUGAAGCGAAAAAGAGGGAAAUUCUUUCGGCAGCGGCGGCCGCCGGUGUUUCGGUGGCUUUCGGUGCGCCCAUUGGCGGUGUGCUCUUCAGUCUGGAGGAGGUUUCGUACUACUUUCCGCUCAAAACUCUCUGGCGAUCGUUCUUCUGUGCGCUCAUUGCCGCCUUCAUCCUGCGCUCGAUCAACCCGUUUGGCAACGAACAUUCGGUACUGUUCUACGUCGAGUACAACAAACCGUGGAUCUUUUUCGAACUCGUUCCCUUCAUUGGGCUGGGCAUUAUCGGCGGUGUCAUCGCUACGGUAUUUAUCAAGGCAAACCUUUGGUGGUGUCGGUUCCGCAAGUACAGCAAGCUGGGCCAAUACCCCGUGUCCGAGGUGUUGAUUGUCACGUUCAUUACGGCCGUCAUUGCUUAUCCCAAUCCGUAUACGCGAAUGAACACGAGCGAACUCAUCUUUCUACUAUUCAGCCAGUGUGGCAUCUCCAACCAGGAUCCAUUGUGUGACUACAACCGCAACUUCACCGACGUCAAUUCCGCGAUCGAGAUUGCGGCGGCCGGUCCAGGUGUAUACAAGGCCGUUUGGUUGCUAAUAUUGGCUCUCGCGAUGAAGCUGAUCAUGACGAUCUUUACGUUCGGCAUGAAGGUACCGUGCGGAUUGUUCAUUCCUUCGCUGGCCCUUGGUGCCAUCACGGGACGCGUGGUUGGCAUUGCGAUGGAGCAAUUGGCGUACAACUAUCCGAAGAUUUGGAUUUUCUCCGGUGAAUGCUCCACUGGCGACGAUUGCAUUACGCCGGGUCUGUACGCGAUGGUUGGUGCUGCUGCCGUCCUUGGAGGGGUCACCAGAAUGACAGUGUCCCUAGUGGUCAUCAUGUUCGAACUAACCGGAGGUGUCCGGUACAUUGUUCCGCUGAUGGCGGCGGCCAUGGCAUCGAAGUGGGUUGGUGAUGCGCUCGGGCGACAGGGUAUUUACGAUGCACACAUAGCGUUAAACGGGUAUCCGUUCUUGGAUAGCAAGGACGAGUUCCAGCACACAACAUUAGCGGCGGAUGUGAUGCAGCCAAAGCGAAAUGAAACGCUGGCAGUAAUAACUCAGGACUCGAUGACGGUGGAUGACAUCGAGACCCUACUCAAAGAGACUGAACACAACGGCUACCCGGUGGUUGUGUCUAAAGAGAACCAAUAUUUGGUUGGGUUCGUGCCAAGGAGGGAUCUUAAUCUAGCUUUAGCCAAUGCGAGGCGGAUUAUCGACGGUAUCACUGGUCAGUCGCUCGUUAUAUUCACCUCUGCGCAACCGGUCCAGAAUUUGGGACCUUCGCCGUUGAAGUUGAAGAAAAUUCUCGACAUGGCUCCGAUCACCGUCACCGACCAAACGCCAAUGGAAACGGUCGUGGAUAUGUUCCGCAAGCUCGGGCUGCGGCAAACACUGGUCACACACAAUGGUCGAUUACUUGGCGUGAUCACGAAAAAAGAUGUGCUCAGGCACGUGAAACAAAUGGAUAAUGAAGAUCCCAAUACCGUGCUGUUUAACUAAGGGACCCAACCCAUUGGUCCUUCUUUGGUUCUUCUCCCUGUCAGCGCAGCUAUCGAAUCAUGUUUAGCUUCCGGUGUGCAUCUUUUGUAGCCUUCCGGGAGUCGCUGGAAGAUGGAUUUUAUAUACAUAUAAACAAAUUAGCCAAUACGUAGAGAAACUGUUGAAUUGUGAACAUGUAAGGAGCAGGUUUUCGUAAGCUCGAGUAUCGAUGGCACCACCCAUGCUUUUCCACUUGUUACGGUAUUUCUUCGUUCAGUUGAUCACCAGAAGCAAAGGCACUCGUCCCGGAGAGGUGCCGGCUAGGAUUGGUGCUGAAGUAUGUUCAACCACCUAACUAACCUAAAAGCAAUAGCGCAACCCUCUUUUUGUGAUCAUUUCCAAACGAAAGCAAGGAUGUUUAGGUUCAUCGAUGAACAACGGCCGCUUGUUUAUGGCAGUGAAUAAGAACGAGAUGAGAACGAGAAUAGUUUAUUUGCGAACGAAAGGAAAAAGGAUAUUUAUAGUCGCCCGUUAUUAAUCAACCCGCCCACCUUUUGCCUGUGUUUCGUUGGCACGCUUUCAAGUUAUAUAUAUUUUCGAGGUACUUUCCGUAUCACCUUCCGCAGCUCGAUGCUAUCAUACGCGUUGAACGUACAUGAAUAGAAAGGCAUUAUCGUUUCCAGAAAACAAGACAACAGUAAAAUCACGACGAGCACUUUUCGUAAGCAAGUGAUAACGGGUUUUUUUGUUGUUUCUCUCACUCUGAAGCCGUAAUCUGUCACUAUUGAACCCAUCAGGGGCGGCGCAGGAUUUGCUGUGAGUAGUCGACAAGUUCCCGCUCGACUGGAGGCCGGAAAUUUAUUAAUAAAUUUGUAUAUUUAUGUAAUAAAACCCAGUACC